GGUCUUCCCGCGGCCCCGCCCCCUGAGUGACCCGUAUGCAGCGGCGGAAUAUGGCGGAGUCCUCCUUGGGGAAUUCAAGCCCAGGGGUUUCGGUGGACUUCGACCCUUCGGCUGAAAUGCUGGUGCAGGAAUUUGACGAUGAGCGCACCAUGGAGGAGGAGGAGCUUAUGGAGGGAGAGACCAACUUCCGCAACGAGAUCGACGACCUGAACAGAGUGAGUAACAGAGAAGGAGAGAUGCCCAUUCAGGAGCUUCUGAAUCUGUACGGUUACGGAGGGGGAGGAUCCCCUGAGGAAGAGGAGGAGGAUGAGGAGGAGGAAGAGGAAGAUGAGGAGGAUGAAGUGGAGGAGCUGGAUAAUGAUGAGAGCAGUCAGAGUACGGAGGAACUGAAGAGGAAUAAGGAGGAGGUGGUGAAGCUGUGUAAGGAGGUGGAGAAUCAGGUCGUGGCUGAAGGUCGAUCGUGUUCUGUUAAGAGCCGCAGCACCGCUGAGUUGAUCCGGCCUCAGAACCGCAGCUACUUCCAGAAUAAUGAAGCAGAUGAAGAGUCUGAGGAGGAUGAAGAUUAUAUUCCCUCAGAGGACUGGAAGAAGGAGAUCAUGGUGGGCUCUAUGUACCAGGCUGAGACCCCCGCAGGACUCUGCAGAUAUAAGGAGAACGAGAGAGUGUACGAAAACGAUGAUCAGCUGCUGUGGAACCCGGAGUUCCUGCCGGAGAACAUGGUGGUGGAGUUCCUGGCCGAGGCCUGUAAACGAACCGGAGACGAGACCGGAGUGGACGCCAUUCCUGAGGGAUCACACAUCAAAGAUAAUGAGCAGGCGCUGUACGAGUUGGUGAAAUGUGAUUUUGAUACAGAAGAAGCUCUGAGGAGACUGAGGUUCAACGUCAAAGCAGCCAGAGAGGAGCUGUCGGUGUGGACGGAGGAGGAGUGCAGGAAUUUUGAGCAGGGUCUGAAGGCCUACGGGAAAGACUUUCACCUCAUUCAGGCCAACAAGGUCAGGACGCGGUCAGUAGGAGAGUGUGUGGCGUUUUACUACAUGUGGAAGAAGUCUGAGAGAUACGAUUUCUUCGCGCAGCAAACUCGACUCGGCAAGAGGAAGUACAACCUUCACCCCGGAGUAACGGAUUAUAUGGACAGACUGCUGGACGAGACGGAGAGCGCAGCGUCCAGCCGAGCGGCGACUCCGCCCCCAACCACCUCCAGCAGCAACGCCAGCCAAUCAGAGAGAGAAGAGGGCUCCACCCAGAACGGUCUGAGCAGUCACAGCUGUGUCUCGAGUUCGGACUCUGUCCUGAUGUCCAGCGGAGAGGUGAAGAUUGAACCCGUCCAUUCUAACAGCGCCGACGUCCCCCCGUCACAACCUCACGACUCCAACGGGACCGCCGAACCAACGGCCGACAGGAACGGAGCGGCGAAACGCCCGCAGGACGCCACGCCCACCCCGUCCACCGACAGACUGGCCAAAAAGUGCAGGACAGAUUCAGAGCUGAGCCAGCUGGAGGUGGACAUGUCCAGAGCCAAGGAGGACUGAACUGCUAACUGAGCAGAAACCAAAGGACAGACCAAAUCCAGCAAACCACAGGAGGGUCAGGGACGUCCUGAUGAUCGGCUUUACUGAGGGACAUCCUGACGUUAAACUUUACUGAGGGACAUCCUGAUGUUUAGCUUCUCUAAGGGACGUCCUGAUAUUUAACUUAACUGAGGCACAUCCUGACGUAUAGCUUUUUUUUUUUAGGGACAUCCUGACGUUAAGCUUCACUGAGGGACAUCCUGACGUUUAGCUUCACUGAGGGACAUCCUGAUGUUUAGCUUUUCUGAGGGACAUCCUGACAUUUAGCUUAACUGAGGGACAUCCUGACGUUUAGCUUCACUGAGGGACAUCCUGACGUUAAACUUUACUGAGGGACAUCCUGAUGUUUAGCUUUUCUGAGGGACAUCCUGAUAUUUAACUUAACUGAGGGACAUCCUGACGUAUAGCUUUUUUUUUUUAGGGACAUCCUGACGUUAAGCUUCACUGAGGGACAUCCUGACGUUAAACUUUACUGAGGGACAUCCUGAUGUUUAGCUUUUCUGAGGGACAUCCUGACAUUUAGCUUAACUGAGGGACAUCCUGACGUUUAGCUUCACUGAGGGACAUCCUGACGUUAAACUUUACUGAGGGACAUCCUGAUGUUUAGCUUUUCUGAGGGACAUCCUGAUAUUUAACUUAACUGAGGGACAUCCUGACGUAUAGCUUUUUUUUUUUAGGGACAUCCUGACGUUAAGCUUCACUGAGGGACAUCCUGACGUUUAGCUUUACUGAGGGACAUCCUGACGUUUAGCUUCACAGAGGGAUGUCCUGACGUUUAGCUUUACUGAGGGACAUCCUGAUAUUUAGCUUCUCUGAAGGACGUCCAGACGUUUAGCUUUUCUGAGGGACAUGUCAGUUUUCCUGACUGACAUCCUGGCAUUUAAAUUUUCUGAGGGUCCUGAUGUGAUGUCCUGAUGUUCAGCUUUUUUGAGGGACGUCCUAACGGGAUGUCCUGACAUUCAUCUUAUCAGAGGAACGUCCUGUAAGGAAUUGAACACCUCCACCUCCUGUGUCCAAAGCGAAACGUCUGAGAGGACAGGUGGAGGACAUGAAGAGACACCACUGUUUUACACAGACGCUGAUGUAUAUUCUAUUUGUAUUGGAAUUUGUCUGAUAUUUUUUUACUAAGAUAUUUAUAUUUUUUAUUGAAACGCUGAUGGACGGGGGACAGGGGACGGGCAGCAGGUAUCACCUGGACAUUUCCCAGCAGCUCUAGAUUCACACUGUUGUAGUGUGUGAUUGAAUCCGGAUCUGAAUUCACUUUGUUUUUCGUACAGAUUAAUGUUGCGUUCUGUUUGAACUCGGAUUUCUGAAUUUCUGAAAGUCUUUAACUUUCAUUGUAUAAAAUUAACGUAAUGUUCGUAACUUUGUCAAAUUCGCCAUCCGACAUCCGAGUAAAUAAAACGCAACAUAACUCCUCCUCUUCAGGCUCCGCCCACAGUCAUAUUCAUCUAUAGCUACCGUCGUACGAUUAGACGAGUUUCAACAGAAUGAUGAUAAACAUCCCAUUCAACCCUAAUGAGAGACUGUAGCUCCGCCCCCUCAGUGUAUAACAUCACAAUACCUACAUUUAGAGCAUUAAUAAUAUAUAUUCACUCUAAUAAUACGAGACUGUAGCUCUGCCUCCUCAGUAUAUAUCACAGUACCUACAUUUAGAUUGUUAAUAAUAUAUAUUCACCCUUAUAAUGAGAGACUGUAGCUCCACCCCCUCAGUGAACAUAACAUCAACAUACCUACAUUUAGAGCAUUAUUAAUAUAUAUUCACUCUAAUAAUGAGACUGUAACUUUGCCUCCUCAGUGUAUAACAUCACAAUACCUACAUUUAGAGCGUUAUUAAUAUUAUACACUGAAGAGGCGGAGCUACAGUCUCUCAUUAGGGUAAAUAUAUAUAUAGAUCACAAUACCUACAUUUAGAGCGUUAAUAAUAAAAUAUACCGUAUUUUUCGGACUAUAAG